GACUCGUGUGGGUGAACAUCGAGGCAUGGAAGGUGAACUGGAAUAGGGAGCCACGAUGAGCCACAGGAACCCGGAGUUGCGGCUUCAGAUCCCCCCCUCGGUGCCUCCGCGGCGAAAGACGUCGGGGGGCGGGGUCCCCGCGGGAGGCCCCGCAGGGGUGGGUGGGAGGUCCCCGAGGGGACCCGCGGUGUAUCGGUCUCCCAUCCCCUCCAGGGUCUUCACGCCUCGCACGCCGCUGCCCAAGAACUUCGAGAUCAACAUACCCUCGGUGGAGGAAGUGAAGAAGACGAAAUGGAACGCACCCGACUUCAUGAAGAUCCCGUGGGAUCUCCAAGACCUCCAGAACAUGCCGGGACAGUUCCUGGACCAGGUGAAAAAAGUGAGGGACGUGACUUUCAGUUCCCUGAGCUUCGGGCAGCGCUUCAUCCUCUGGGCUUCGGAGAAGGUGAAGAACUUGUCCUCCCGGUGGUUCACUCACGUCUUCCUCUUUCUCGUGCUUUUCCUGUAUUGCGUGCUCGGAGCUCUGGUCUUCCGAGCCGUCGAAGGUCCGUCGGAAGACGUUCAGAAGACCCGCGUCCAAGACACCCGGGAUAACGUGCUCAAAGAGUUGAAAAUUCUCAGAAAAGCCGUCAUUUCGGACGAAAGAUGGGAACGUUUGGUUCUGAACGAUUUAAAGACUUUCGAGGAAGCACUUUUCGAAGCUUACAAGAACGGAAUCAACGACGACAUCGACAAGAGGAAGUGGACCUUCUGGGGCGCAAUGUUCUACAGCGGCACUAUUUUCACCACCAUCGGGUACGGGCACAUCGUUCCGAACACUUCGUGGGGCCGAGCACUCACGAUCGGGUACGCCAUCAUCGGGAUCCCGAUUCUCCUCAUGUGCUUGGCCGACUUCGGGAAACUCAUGACCAGAGGCAUCAAGAUGCUCUUUGCGUGCUGUCGACGCAUAUAUUACACCGGGACGUGCAGGCGAGCGCGGAGGGCUGCACCUGUCAAGGUCAUGACCAAAGGGUACCAGAAAGGAAAGCAAGUGGUGCAAGACAUCGCGAGUCUCCAGGCGCCGGACUUCACGUCGGACGUGGCCACGCCGUCGUCGCCGUCCAUCGAAGAGGAGCCGCCGCCGUUCCACGUCGACGACGAGUUCGACAUGCCCGUCUGGUUGGCUCUGCUCAUGCUCGUCUUCUACAUGUUCGUCGGGGCCAUCCUGUUUACCAGCUGGGAAGACUGGACCUUCUUCGAGUCCUUCUACUUCGUCUUCAUUUCGAUGUCCACCAUCGGGUUCGGGGACUUGGUGCCCGAGCACGAGAAGUUCAUGAUGGCGUCCGUGGUCUACCUCAUCUUCGGCCUGGCGCUCACCUCCAUGUGCAUCAACGUCGUUCAGGAAGCGAUAUCGUCGACGUUCAAAGAGGCGAGCGAAAAGCUGAGCGCAACCAUCGGGAUCAGCCUCCAGAAUGCGGAGGAGGAGGAGGAGGAGGGAGAGGGAGAGGGAGAGGGAGAGGAGGGAGACGACGAAACAAAUAAGACGAAGGAGAAAAAGGAGAAAGACGACGAAGCCCAUCAUAAGACGAAAGACAAGGACAAAGACGAGCGGAAGAAGAGCACGGCCGGUCCCACCCCGGUUUAAAACGCCUUCUCCACCCAGUAGUCAACAGAAACAGAGACGCACAUCGUCGGCCACUCCCCCGGAAUGGAUUUCCAUCGUAACGAAAGAAAGUGGCGGGAAAAACCAUGGAAACAGAAAAAGAAGUAUUGGGACUCUAGGGGUUGCCACCGGUUGCCACCCGUUCAUAUAGUCGAGUCACUGGGAUUUUGGCGAGUUGGUCGGCGAGUUUUACAGGUCACCCCAUUAGAGGUCUUAACAUUUCAGCUAGCUGACAGUCCUCUUCCCUGAUAUACAGCUUAGAAAAACAGGGUUGCCACAGACAUUUUUUCUUCACAAGGACAGCAAGAAUGGCUAAUAUAAAAUGUAAUGCCAUUUUUUACGCAUCCUCUGAUGAUGACUCUGAAGAGGACUCACCACGUAGAACAACGAGCCUGUCUGUCUUCCUUUCGACAUUUAUUCCUCGAACUCCAUAUCGUGCCGAAGAAAAGACUCAUAGAGCAUCCUUGUCAGAAUGUCACGGUUAGAUAGAACUAAACGUCUUUGACGGUAGGAGUUAAUCCGCCGACGAAGGCCAAGGAGACCCUAAAUGAUUCAUUCUUUUCUUCUCCUUCCACUGCCCAUAUUCCCAGUGACUGGACUAUAAUUAGAAUGAACAGUACAUAUUUCAGAUGCAAUGUCCAUGCUACAAACUGGCCC